AUGGUUGGCAUUACCUCUGUCUACAAGGCGCUGCCCUUGUUGGCAGCCAGCGCGCUGGCUGGUGUGAACUAUCCAGCUAUUCCGGAGGACUUGACGACGCCUUUCCAGCAGCGGUUGGCUGUGUAUGGUCCUAAUGCUGUGUCCCUCGGAUGGAACACCUACGAGAAGCUCAAUCAGAGCUGUGUGGUCUAUGGCACCUCUGCAAGCAGCCUGUCCUCCCGCUCUUGCUCCUCUGCCUCUAGCACAUACGACACUUCUCGCACCUGGUCCAAUGCGGUUGUCUUGAACGGCCUCACCCCUGCCACGACCUACUAUUACAAGAUUGUGUCCGGCAACUCCACGAUGGGUCACUUCAUGAGUCCCCGCACGCCCGGCGAUAAGACCUCCUUCAGCAUGGACGUGGUCAUCGAUCUUGGCGUGUACGGCAGAGAUGGCUUCACAGUCGACAGCAAAAAGAAAGAUACCAUUCCGGUCGUCGAGCCCGAGCUGAACCACAGCACUAUCGGCCGUCUGGCACAAACCGUCAAUGACUACGAGAUUGUCAUUCACCCCGGCGAUUUCGGCUACUCCGAUGACUGGUAUCUCAAGUUCUCCAACAUCCUGCAGGGCAAGGAGGCCUACCAGGCCAUACUGGAACAAUUCUACGAACAGCUGGCGCCUAUUGCCGGACGAAAGCUGUACAUGGCCAGCCCUGGCAACCACGAAGCAGACUGCUCUGAGAUCCCAUACCUUCUCGAACUUUGCCCUGAGGGACAGAAGAAUUUCACUGACUUCAUGCACCGCUAUGAAAAGACCAUGCCUACCCCGUUCGCCUCGUCAUCAUCAAACAAGUCGGCCCAGGCACUCGCAGCCAAGGCGCGCAGCAGCGCCAACCCGCCCUUCUGGUACUCCUUCGAAUACGGUAUGGCGCACAUUGUCAUGAUCGACACCGAGACCGACUUUCCCGAUGCCCCAGACGGAACAGACGGAUCUGCGAAGCUCAACAGUGGCCCCUUCGGCAAGUCCGGACAACAGCUCGAGUUCCUGAAGGCUGAUCUUGCGAGCGUCGAUCGCAGUGUUACACCCUGGGUUAUCGUCGCCGGUCACCGUCCCUGGUACACCACUGGCACUGGCAAUGGAUGCGAUUCAUGCCAAGCUGCGUUCGAGAAUAUCUUCUACAAGUACGGUGUUGACCUCGGUGUAUUCGGCCAUGUGCACAACUCGCAGCGCUUUGCACCAGUGGUGAAUGGGACCGCAGAUGUCAACGGCAUGGAGAACCCCAAGGCUCCAAUGUAUAUCAUCGCCGGCGGUGCUGGUAAUAUUGAGGGCUUGAGCAGUGUGGGCUCGAAGCCUGACUACACUGAGUUUGCGUAUGCGGAUGAUUACAGCUACGCGUCCAUCACCUUUGUUGAUGAGAAGAACUUGAAGGUGGACUUUAUUCGGUCGUCGACUGGUGAUAUUCUGGAUUCGAGCACUUUGUACAAAGAACACGGGACUCAGUUUAUUGUGCAGUAG